AUGGUUUUCUAUUCGUUGACUGACGUUCCUCGCAACCUUAAAGAGGCUAUUGACUGGUUGAUAGCCUUGAGGGGAAGUGAUGCUGAAAGGAACCUUACGGCCAUGGGUGCCGCACUUUACAACUUUCUCGCAGACAAACCUGUUGGUUUCAUGGAGUUCCCGGCUCUCGAGAAGGUUAAACUUGUUACCAAGGAGUUCCUGGAGCAAGAAGAGCUUAUGGACAUGGUGUUCGUACGCAAGCUACUGAAAAAAUUCAUUAAGCCUAUGAAUAAGAAUCCUAACGUUUUCGCAAAGUUAUUUAACUUUGUACCCGUAAGUGAUUACGCGAACAUCGUGCAGAAAAGGCAAUUCGAGCCUGACGCCAUGGGGUUGUACUUAGGUCGCGUUGUGUAUGGUUGUGACACGUUAGUGAAACAUAUGAAAAUCCCUGACAAGUAUGAGUCUGCUUACAGUUCAGAAGCGACAUGGGAUGCAUCAUGCGCGGAAGACCCAGAAGCUUGUGCAGUUGUGCUCGUGGGUAUUGCGCCUAUGUUAUACGCGGGCCUACGUUCUUUGAAGUACGCGACAAGAAUCGCACGUAGGAACAAGUCUAAUGAUAAGGUGAGGCAGCGUUUGGCAGAUUUAUUGAGAGCCGUUGGUUAUGAUGAGUCCCAACGGCGCCCCUAUAUGAGAAUUCCGUACAUAGUCGAGGCGUUGAGCGAUGUGGAUAAGCACGUACUGGACAUACUUUACGACUACUCCGGAUUCUGGGCUUUCUAUGGACCUGAUGAAAUAGAGGAUCUGAAUGUCGAACAGUCUGUAGACGCUGAAGAUGUGGAACCCAUAGAACCCGUGGAGUUUGUGGAACCUGUAGACUCUGUGGACCCCGUAGAGCCUGUGGAACCUGUAGAGCCUACUCAAGAUGAAGAGCCCGUGGAGUUUGUGGACCCAGUAGAGCCUACUCAAGAUGAAGAGCCCGUAGAAUCUGUAGAACCCGUUCAAGAGGAACAAUUUGCGGGAGUUGAAGAACCUAUUCAAGCGGAACAAGCCGUGGAACCUGUAGAAGCUGCGAGGCCCACAGAAGGUGAACCUGCGAAAGCCACAAAACCCCAAAAAGGCAAGAAGGGCAAGAAGGGUAAGAAGGGCAAAAAAGGUAAAAAGGGUAAAAAGACUGCAAAAGCUGUAGAAGCAGGUCAGCAAUAA